AUGAUGAAGGAUGCAAAAAGCAAAAUUCUCUACAAAUUGGCACCUAUACUUUGCGAACAAAAUAUUGGUCAAGACGUUGUGGUGAUCGCCAAAGCCAAACUUCCAAUCGUCAAAUUCAACACGUUUUUUGGAAACUCUCAAGUCGAUUUCAGAAUUAGUCAAUCAAAUGGACUGGCAGCUUUGGAAAAAGUGGAUGAGUUACCCAAUGAUGUGGACUAUUUGUUAAAGACCUGUGAGCUGGACAGCAACAUCAUCAACAUUCCCAAAAUCAAAGUAAAAGACGCAAAGAAGAAACAAAACUGCAGAUGA